AUGUCCCCCGGAUGGUUCCAUUGCCUUGGCGCGCCGUGCAAGAGCCGGCGCGACGCCGCGGCGCAGGCCCCGGACGAGCCCGAGCGCGCGAGCGGACGGAGCCGGCGAGGCGAACUCUUCUUUGACGAAAAGUGGAGCGAGCCCGUGGAGCGCUCGCUGAACGCGAGCUUCGUGGAGCCCGUCGAGAGGCUCUCGCAGCAGCGCGCGGAGGGCGAGGGCGACCUCGAUAAGCUCUUCAUCGUCACCUGGAACGUCCAGAUGCUGCCCGGCGUCCUUCCCGGCUGCGCUGGCUCGGUCAGGCACCUCGUCGCCAGAGCGGAGCAGAUAGCGGAGCGCAUACUCGAGCUCGAGCCUUGGCCCGAUGUCGUCGUGCUGCAGGAGGUCUGGCACCCGUACGCGCGCUCCGAGCUUCGAUGCAGGCUCCUUGGCAGGUACCAGCACAUCCACGCGCCGGGUGCAGGCUCCUUGGCAGGUGCCAGACCGGGCGGCCAAUCUUGCAAAACCGGACUCCUCGUGCUCUCCCGCUACCACAACCUGCACCUCGAGCACCGCUUUCACAAGUUCCAGGCGUCGCAAGGCGUGGAGUCGUGGGCGUUUGGGAAGGGCGUCUCCGCCACCGCCAUCCGGCUCCGCAAACACACGGACAUCCAGGGCAAGGUCGAGGGCAUCGGCUUUCGCGUCCGGCCUAGGACGAGGUGCUUCGUCCUGUUCAACGUUCACGCUCAGUCGGACUAUUGGCGCUGCGGCGCGAGGACGCGGGCGCGUCAGAUGGAGGAAGUUCGCGAUUUCAUCCAAGAGUCCAUCGAGGACUUCGGGCACCUGGACGUGAGGCGCGCGAUCCUGUGCGGGGAUCUCAACGUCGAGGCCGGGACGUGCGAGUGCGACGCGGCGAUGGCAACGCUCGGGAAUCCACGCGAUUUGCUCUGCUGGAACGAACGCGAGGAACGCGUGUGGGCGCCGACGUUUCCCAUCGGCCGAUGGCGAUACGACCCGUGCGACGACUCGAGGUGUCGGUACGCGCCCCUAACGCCCACCAAACGCCUCGACUACGUCCUCGACGUGACCCACACCGAGGCGUUCGUUCGCGGCAGGGAGGUCACGAUGGAAGAGAACAGGUUCGAUCCCCCCACGGCGGACGCGUUCAGCCACGCGAGGACGCUGACGACGGGGGUGACGCAGCGCGGGACAGACGGGACGCCGCUCAGCGACCACGCCCCGGUGCUCGCCAUGAUCGCGUUCUCGUGA